UAUAUCGAUAGUUUCCCAAUCAAAUACAGGUACCAAUAGUUGACAGUACCGUGCAUUUAACUGUGUGGAGAAAUAAUAAAGUUAAUUACAAAUAAAUUGAUGUGAAUGUCAUUAUAUAGUAAAGUAUACCUGGACUAAUAGUUUCUUUCUCGUAUUAAGUAUGGACGAAAACUACAGUCCUCCUACAAUCGAUAUUCCAAAUACUCCUAAACAUCUAUGUAUUACUGGAAGUUGGGUAAAUAGUAGCAGAAUCAGUAUAUAUAUGAAUAAAAGAUUUCAAAGUUCAACUAAAAAAAGUUCAGAGAAAUAUGAGCCAACGGUACAUAUUUUAAAGCCAGAAGUAAUUCUGUUUUCUCCACAAUUACGUAAAUUAGUAAACGAAAGUAAUGGUGUCUUUCUGUCCAUUCAAAAAAUAAAAUCUUCUUCUGGAGAUGUUAGACCAGAACUUUUAAAACAUAGCAAGCAAUACAGGUCUAUUUUAAGAGCAUGUAUAGAAAGUUUGCAAGAUAUAUGUGGAAAAUGUUUGACUGAUAAAAAAGAAUCACUAGAAAAUUUUCUGACCAUUUUUUAUCAAAUAGAAUGUAUAUGGCACUUGAUCGAAAUCCUUUAUGUAGAUAUAGUACCAGGUGAUGUAGUAUUACCACAAUUGUUAGAAUGGAUUAGAUUUCAUUUUCCAUCUAGAGAACUUGUAGCAGUUAAAAUAUUAGCCCAGAAGACAAUCGGUGCUGAUUUGGAGUAUCCAAAUUAUUGGGAAGCUGUAAUAGGCUGUGCAUUACAUGGAAAGUUAGAUUUAGUAAGAGCUUUAUUAGCAUUACAUAGCAAAGCAGAUCACCCUGCUUUUGUAAUGGCAGAAAAUAUUCUUAAAACAAUGCCCAUCUAUAAUGUGUAUGGUGGUUAUUCUAUAGAUGGAUUUACUACAUGUUGGAAACGUUGGCAACUAGAGUUGUGUUCAAAUUUAAAUAGUAAAACUUUUAUCGUUGAUACUUAUUUAGAAAUGAUUAUGAAGUUAAUUGCAGGAGAACAAGAUAUAUUGUGGCAAUUUUCACAAUAUACAGAUGCUUGGUAUGAACUGUUGGCAGCAAAGUUAUUUUAUACUUCUCCAUGUUGUAAGCAACCUGAACUUUCUCAUCAUGCUAAUAGUAUUUCCAAGAGAUGGCAAGCUAAUAGACCUUCUGAUAAUGCUAUACGUGCUGUUAUGGAAAGCGACUUACACCAUGUUAUUAAAGAAAUACAAUAUAUGGGUGAUAAUGGAUGGUUUGCUACUCAUUUGGUAGAUCUAUUAUAUGUUUGUGGAAAACUUAAAAUAUUGGAUAGAGAUCAAAUAAAAGUUAGUAGUCAACUUCAUGAAUCUCUUAUAUUGGAAUAUGGGAACACAUUAAUGGCACAUCAUUCUUUGUGGCAAUGUGGUGCAAGUUACUUAAUACAUUGUCCUAUUCAAGGCUUAGCUAGACUAGAAAUACUGUUACAGUCACUUCCAAUGGGGUCAGAAGCAAGAGUAAAUAAAAUUCUUGAUAUAGCACGAGAUAAUAAGAUGGAUCAUAUAGUUACUAGCAUUUGUAAAAUUCAAGGACUAAAAUCUAUGAGGCAAGGAAGAUUGGGAAAUGCACUUGCAUGGGCAUUAAAAGCGCAAGAUAGUGGUUUUAUAACAUAUAUUGCAGAUCAGUUUUUGAAGCGUUAUGCAGAACACGGAGAAUUGGAUUGUCGUGACCUAUUAGAAAAUUUAGGUUUUUGUAUGAUGGCUAGUGAUAGACUCACAUUCUUAGGAAAGUAUUGCGAAUUUCAUCAAAUGUAUGGCAUUGGAGAAUUUAAAGAAGCAGCAAGUUUAUUAGUGUCCCUUUUAGUUUCAAAUUUAACACCAAAAUACUUUUGGUCGAUUCUUUUGUCGGAUGCUAUUCCAUUAUUAGAAGCCAAAGAUGUAAUUUUAUCUUCCAGUGAUUGUUUUGAAUUAUUACGUUGUGUAGAAGCACAUGGAGAUGAUCUAAAGUUUCAAAAUAAAAUUGAAAUCUUCCGACUAGCCGUUGCUAGGAACCUAGCUCGAGCAUUGAGUCUUGAAGGCUGCCAAGUGGAACAUUAGAAGAUUUAUUAUCAAUUUAUUAUAUUAAAGAAUUUUUUAAUUUUUUAAUUAAAAAAGAGUUUCCAUGCAUAAUCAUCAAUGUAUUCCAUUAAAUCAUAGUACAUCUUCUUAAUAUUAAAAAUAUAACGAUAAAUUUUGUAAAUAAAUAUUUUUACAUAUACGAUUUUUA